ACCCCGCCCCGGAGUCGACUCUCUCCGGUUUAUCUCACUGUUUUGCAUAGCCGCGGCCGCGAUGUUGUGAUUUAUCUCGGACACACCUCGGUCUGCAUCCUCGCCGUCGUCCCCCACGCCUCCUCUUCGUCACCCCAAAAAUACGAAACGUCUCGUUUUAUUGUUGUUUACGUCGCCCGUCGACGAAGGCGCCAGUUUGCCACUUUCUCCGGAGCCGAGACGGACGCGGCGCUCCUCCAGAAAACACUCGGACGUCUCCGGUUGUCGUGGAGCCGCACCGCCGUCUCUUCGCCUAGCCGGGGGGGGGGGGGGGUCGGGGGCUGGCUAGCUAGCUAGGCGUCGGUGCCCCUUUUUCCCUUUUCGGUUUGUGUGUGGUCCGUACGAUGUUAACCCCGGUCGGGAGUGUCUGCGUGAAGUGAACGGGCAAUGCCUCGGUGCCAGGCCAAGGCGAGGACAGGAGACGCCUGCUGGCUAGUGGCGCUGGUCGGACCGUAGCUCGGACGCGGGAUUAGCUAGCUUACUUUUCCGUUAGCGAAACGCUGACACUCUAUCCGACGCCGGGAUAACGGACGGAAGUAGGACGAGGAUCCCCGGGGAGUGUGUGAAGCAAAACGGCACAACCGCUAACUAUCGCGCAACACGGUCGUCUCUGGACGCCGCGUUAGGUUAACGUUGAGCGCUUCGCCUUAGCUCGCCGAGUCAAGAGUAGCAGCUCCCCGUCCCACGAGUUCGGGUCCAGAUGCGCGGUCUUUACCCGCUGACAGCGGAGGUUUCGAGUACCGUGUCUGUCAAACGCCGGCGCCGGUCGGGGCUCAAGUCGAGACUUCCAUCUUUCGAGUUGGUCCACCCCCCGUAUGAUGGACAGAUAAGAGACCCGCGAGGCAGGCAGCGUGAGCUGUGACCUCCCCCCCCCCCCCCCGCCCGCCGCCGAUCUGCCGCUUCAGUAAAAGUUGACUCGAGCAUCUCUCGAGCCAAAGCUGCUUCAUCGGGGAGUCGGGAGGACUUUUAGCUCCUUGACCUCGGCGCACAUCGGGAGCAGGAGACGGACGCUGACUUCACCUGGGAGGGGGGGGGGGAGAGAGAGAGAGCAUGGAGGGAAACACGCAGAAAAGUACUCCCCUAGCCCGAGAGCUCACGCGGGUAUGCAACAGCUACAACAAACACUCGGUGCAGCUGAAAAAGAACCUGAAGGAGACCAACGUCUUCUUCAGGGAAAUAAGGCAGAACUACAGUAACGCCUGUGCCUCGGCCAUCAGCUCGGAUUCGGCGUCCUUGGAGGCAGGCCAGCUUAGUUGCAUCUCUUUCCCCAGCCAUGAAGAAGAAUUCCUGCGUGACACUGUGGGAGCUGCCCCUUACAUCCUGGUGCUGGGCCAGGAUUGUGCUGCCCGCUACCAGCUGCUUAACUGCCUACUGGGGGAGAGACUGCUUCCUUUGGGUCCUGAGGCUGGGGAGGCUUGUAAAGGAGUCCAGGGCACGGUCUGCAAAAGGAGGAAGCUAUGUUUCACCCAUGGGAGACAGACACGUCUUAGUCUUGCACUCCCUGGCCAGUACGAACUGGUGCACCAGCUGGCGGCCAACUGUGGCCGUUGGGAUACAGUGCCACGGGAAGACCUGGAGAUCCAUGAGGAAUGUGAAGAUCCAGCCCACAGGCUGGCUGAGCUGGAGAUCACCCUCCACCACCCAUUACUACAGGAAGCAAAGAUCAUGGUGGUGCCGUGCUCAAGUGUCCAGCCCAUAGAGGAGGCCCUGGAUGACUGCACCCGCAACAUGAUCCCCAUCAUACUCUACGCCCUCAACCAGGACUCUCUAAGUGCGGAGCAGGUGGCUGAGCUCCACAAGGUCAAAGAGAUGCUCUCCUUCCCCAUCUGCUUUGUCCGCAUUCCUGCCACCCUGCCGGAAGCAUCCCCAGAGUCUGGCCGCCGUGCGGAGAAGGAGAAAGAAAAGGAGAGGGAGAAGAGCACUCUCCAUAAGCAGCUGCUUUCCCUGGGCUUCCUAAGCAGUCCUGGAGGGAACUGCCCCUGUGGCGCCCCUGCACAGACACCCAGCCCAGGCGCUAAACCUCAGAGCGUGCUGGGAGAGGCGUUUGAUAGACUGCACCGGUUGCUGGUGCCCUUCGCCCGUCAGGUGCUUCAGAACCAGCAGGUGGAAGCCGCCAGCCUUCUUAAUGGACUACACUGUCGCUGCCUCGAUCUUUUCAUCAACCAGGCUUUUGACAUGCAGAGGGACCUGCAGAUAACGCCCCGUAGGCUGGAAUACACCCGGGAGAAGGAGGGCGAGCUCUUCACCUCCCUCAUGGCCAUUGCGAACCGCAAACAGGAGGAGAUGAAGGAGAUGAUCAUCGAUACGCUGAGCAGCAUGAAGGAGCAGCUGCUGGAGGAUGCUGCCAACCUGGAGUUUACAGACAUCAUUGUGACCACCAGCGGAGAGCCCGUUACUUCAAAAGAGAUCAAAUCCUGCAUCCAGCACAUCCAGGAGCUGAUAGUCGUUCGUUUAAACCAAGCAGUGGCCAACAAGCUCAUCAGCUCGGUGGACUACUUAAGGGAAAGCUUUGUAGGAACCCUGGAGCGCUGCCUCAGCAGUCUGGAGAAGUCCAACAUGGAGUCCUCUGUCCACAAUGUCACCUCCAAUCACUUAAAACAGAUAUUGAAUGCUGCCUAUCAUGUGGAGGUGACGUUUCAUUCAGGAUCCUCUGUCACGAGGCUAGUCUGGGAGCAGAUCAAACAGAUUAUACAGAGGAUAACGUUUGUGAAUCCUCCUGCCAUCACUCCAGAGUGGAAGCGAAAAGUAGCCCAGGAUGCCAUCGAGAGUCUCAGUGCUGCCAAGCUGGCCAAGAGCAUAUGCUCCCAGUUCAGAACGCGCCUCAACAGCUCCCAUGAUGCCUUUGCUGCAUCCCUGCGCCAGCUGGAAGAGGGACACACGGGGCGACUGGAGCGUACCGAAGACCUGUGGCUGCGUGUGAGGAAGGACCAUGCUCCCCGUCUGGCACGACUGUCUCUGGAGAGCCGCUCCCUAAGGGAUGUGCUUCUACAUGGCAAGCCCAAGCUUGGGCGAGAGCUGGGCCGGGGCCAGUACGGCGUGGUGUAUCUGUGCGACAGCUGGGGGGGCCGCUAUCCCUGCGCCUUGAAGUCUGUGGUGCCGCCUGACGAUAAACACUGGAACGACCUGGCCCUUGAAUUUCACUACACGAGGUCCUUGCCUAAGCACGAGCGUCUGGUGGAUCUGCACGGCUCCGUGAUCGAUCACACAUACGGGGGAGGCUCCAGCAUUGCUGUGCUUCUCAUCAUGGAGCGGCUGCACAGAGACCUCUACACAGGCUUGAAGGCCGGUUUGUCACUGAGGGGGAGACUUCAAAUUGCCCUGGAUGUCGUGGAGGGCAUCCGUUUUUUACACAGUCAGGGCCUCUUGCACCGAGAUAUAAAGCUUAAAAAUGUUCUGUUGGACAAACCGAAUCGGGCAAAGAUCACAGACCUGGGCUUCUGUAAACCAGAGGCUAUGAUGUCUGGCAGUAUUGUUGGAACCCCCAUCCACAUGGCUCCGGAGCUGUUCACAGGAAAGUAUGACAACUCUGUGGAUGUCUACGCCUUCGGGAUCCUUUUCUGGUAUCUGUGCACCGGUUCAGUAAAACUGCCAGAGGCCUUUGAGAAGUGCUCCAGCAAGGACCAGCUGUGGAACAACGUUAAGAAAGGUGCCAGGCCGGAGCGGUUGCCCAGUUUCGAUGAGGAGUGCUGGCAGCUGAUGGAGGCCUGCUGGAACGGGGACCCUUCCCAGAGGCCCCUGCUCGGUAUCGUGGAGCCCAGCCUGCAGAGCAUCAUGGUGCGGCUCUGCAACUGCGGCUCCAACCAGAAAAGCAUUACCCUCGAGGACUCGAACUGAAACACUCCAUACAAAACGUCACGAUAAGAGUAUUUUUGUGUGUAUUUAUAAACAAGGUGGGUAAAUAAAAAGCGACUCGGAGCAGGUGACCAAAAAAGAAAAAGAAAAAAAAAGCGUGCUCGAGAUGUUGUCUGCGUUCACCGAUAUUAGAUUUACACUAUUUAUGUUGAAACGGAACAAAAAGUUCACAAGUGUUUGUUUUAUUUGUUUGUGGUUGUGUAUUUGUGUACAAACUCUAGACCUGCAUCCACUCUGCUUCUCUCUUAGCCGGCUAAUAGCUGCCUGCUCCAGGUUGUUACUAAAUGCAAACCGUUUUAAACGUAGUCCACUCCCAGUAUUAUCUGUAUCUAUACAUCUGUAUGUAUAGAUGUGUGUGUGUGUGUGUGUGUGUGUGUGUGUGUGUGUGUGUGGAUGUGUAUGAAUAAAGAAUUUUAAGCUGUAUUUAAACUUGUCUCUUCAACCAUACAAAAUCCUUUUUUAAUAAAAUCAU